AUGGCCUCUAGCAGGAACAAUCAACCAACCCCGUUGUUCAAGAACUCGAGCUUCCGCGCGCGGUGGGCGGCCCUGUCGCUGCGCGAGAGUUUAGUCAUCACUCAAGCUAAGAUAGGCGUGCUGGUGUCCGGCACCGUCAAGAACAAGGGCAUCACGAAAUUGUGCCCCAUAGCCAGCACGCGGGAUGGCGAGAGGGAGGGGACGCCGCAGAUUGACGAGUUCAGCAUUGCCAUUGUUGGUGCCGGCGUCGCUGGUCUGUUCACAGCCAUGAUUCUCAACUACCUGAACAAGGAGUACGAUCUCAACGCCAAGUACACCAUCUUCGAGGCCAACAAGCCCAAGCGGCUCGGCGGCCGCCUGUACACGCACAAGUUUGAGCAAAAGGACGACAAAUACCCAUCGGCGACCACGGCUACUACGACGUACCGGUACUGGAAACAACAGGGCGUGCUGCACGCCGAAAGUUGGUGGUUCAAGUGA